GGCUAGGUCGUUGUAUAAAGGUUCUCCCCGGAGCACGUGAUUCCUCUCCGCGGGACCGCUGCCUUACCGCCAUUAUGGAUACCAGCCGUGUGCAACCUAUCAAGCUAGCCAGGGUCACCAAGGUGCUGGGCAGGACCGGCUCCCAGGGACAGUGCACGCAGGUGCGCGUGGAAUUCAUGGACGACACAAGCCGCUCCAUCAUCCGCAACGUGAAAGGCCCUGUGCGCGAGGGUGAUGUCCUCACCCUAUUGGAGUCAGAGCGAGAGGCUCGGAGGCUGCGCUGACUUUGUGUCUGGGUCCUGGAUGUCUGGGUGGACCACUUGGCUCAUGGGAAUGACCUUCGACUGUUAAUAAAGCAUUUAUAUUGUAGGUAAA